AUGACCUUGGCAAAAUUUGAUUUAAGAGGGCGCGCUCUUGAUAAACGUCUCUUAGGUGGGCGAAAAUUCGCUUGCCAAUUUUCGCUUAUUCAGCUGAAUUUUUGCGAAUUGUGGAAAAGCCAUGACGCUAUCCCAACCAAAGUUCUUGAAAAGCGUAAUUUCUGGGUUGGUGGCACUAGUUUAAAAAGAAUUCAAUGUAUCAGAGGAAGUCAGAGAAAGUCAAAAAUCAACUAUAAUCAAGUUUUCGCAGAUGAAAUUUCACCUGUCACCAAUUUAAGAGAAAAAGGCAACACAGCUCUGCAUAUAGCCUCAUUAGCUGGACAGUCACUAAUAGUUACAAUACUCGUCGAAAAUGGAGCAAAUGUCAACGUUCAAUCGCUUAAUGGUUUCACACCAUUAUAUAUGGCUGCACAAGAGAAUCAUGAAGAUGUUGUACGAUUCCUACUAUCACAUGGCGCCAAUCAAGCCCUAUCCACAGAGGUGAGCGAUGUUUGCUACUGUCGUUACCCUGUUUUCUUAUAUCUUCUUGAUUUUUUUUUCUUGUUGGCAAUGACAUAA